GACUUGCACAAAAUUGUAUAUCGACCCCAUGCCAGAAUGGAGGCACAUGCCAGGAUACUCAAGAUGGAUUUGCCUGUAACUGUCCCACACAAACUCUUGCUUUCACUGGACCACAGUGUGCCAUGCUUCAUGAUGCAUGUGCAGUCUAUGGGUGUCCAAACAACCACACAUGUCAUAGUACUCCUGGGUAUUCACAGUACCAGUGCUCUUGCAAUGCUGGAUUUAAUUGCACAAAUAGAGCAUGUGACACUGACCCAUGUUCAUUACCAAACUCUGAGUGUACAGCCCUUGCCCAUGUAUUUAUUUGCAAGUGCCAAGCUGGAUACAGUGGGCCAAACUGUGAACAAGUGAUGCCUCCAUGCACACAGAAUCCAUGCAAGAAUAAUGGUACCUGCAUGCCACAAACUGGGAGCUACACAUGUCUGUGUAAACCUGGCUACACAGGACAACACUGCGAGGUCAAUGUAAAUGAAUGUGCAUCAAACCCAUGUCGAAAUGAGGCAAUCUGUGUGGACAAGGUGAAUAAGUACCUCUGCUUCUGUGUGCCUGGAUUCCAAGGAUACCACUGUGAAAUAGAUAUUAAUGAAUGUGCAUCCAAACCCUGCCAAAACAAUGGCACCUGCAUUAACUCGGUGGACCAGUAUGAGUGUGACUGUGCCACAGGAUAUACAGGUAAGAACUGCGGACCGUGGGUGGUGCACAUUUUUUAAAAUAGCUAGAAUGGCCUGUAAAGGUAAAUUACCAGCAAUCUUUAUUUUAAGUAGUAAUGUCUGAUAAUGUGCAAGUGCCACAUGGCUUGGGGUUUGGGUAAGGUUUGUGCUGGACUGAAAUCUCUGCAUUAAACUUUCCUUCCUCUGGGUUAUAGUUAAUAUUUAUCUACACCUACUCCAUAUGUGUUCUUUCCGCCAGUAGCACUUUCUUUCAUGCAAUUGGAAAAGCAAUCAACAUUUGCUAAAUAGUGAGUAUUGUUUGGGAUAACUGAGAACAUACUCCAAGGUGCAUAAAGAUGGCUGUCAGAAAGGAGUGGAGGAAAAGGUAGGCAAAUUCAAUAUACAUGAAUUAGAAAAACGAGUUUGGCGGAAUUGAUGUAGAGGGCCAUGGUGCAGGAAAUAGUUUCGGGCCCCUCAAUAGCGCAAGGGUGGCCAAAAGGAGGGUCCCUAUCUGUCAUAUAACUCACAUAAUGCAAGGCCAGCUAAAAACAAUAAUUUACCCAUCCUUGCAGGGUUGCAUUUGUGAGCAGUGUUUGUGCAUUUGAAUGUAAGCAAGUUUUUUUUUUUUUUUUUUUAUAUAGAGUAUGUGUGUACAUGUAGGUGUGUAUUCGUAUUGACUACUGCCAUUGGAAUCCAGUGGUUUACUUGUAUAUAGAGUUUGCAUUUGAAUCCAGGGGUGUGUUUUGUAUGUAGUGUUAACUUUUAAAUGCAGGUGUGCUUUUGUGUGUAGUAUUGGUAUUGAAACGAAGGGGUGUGUUUAUAUAUAUCAUUUUGGCGUUUAACGUGCAGGAAUAUGUUUGCAUGUAGUGUUGGUGUUUGCUGGAAUGUAUGCACAUACAUAUACACACACACAGAUACACAGACACAUACAUAUAUAUUCAGAUACACAAUGACACUGCACACAGAAAAAACACAGUCUACAGUGUAUUUUCUACUAAUGUAUUCCCCUUUACUAUUGAUGUACUGUACUGAUUUUCUGUAUUAUUUACUUAUUUUGAGUUCUCUGUCCAUCCGCAAUUCAUAUUAAUAUUAUAUUUAUAUAUAUAUAUUUUUAUAUAUUUUUUUUUUUUUACACAUUUCAUAUUGGAACAUUGUUUAAUUGCUAGGAAGUUCUUUAUAAACUAUAAUAAACCUUUUGAGCUCGUAGAAUAGAGGGACAAAAGUAUAUGGAUCUUGAAGGCAAACUGUCUCUCUUAAAGAAGAAAGCUUGUAAUAUAAUGUUUCUUGACGUAAAUUAGAAAAAGCAUUUAGAAACCCAUUAUAUCAAUUCAUGUUUUUGUUUUUUGUUUUCUUGGAGAAAAUGUGGUAGAAGAGAUUGCAUUUUUCCCUCAUAUAUAAGAACUUCUAGACUAGCCAUACCUUGUGCUGCUCUUACUAUACAUUUUUUUUUUUUUUUUUUAAAUCAAAGCCAUUAAUUAUUUUCACCUCUGAGUGCCCCAGCCAUACAGAACACAGGCUGGUACUAACAGCCUGUGUGCAAUGGACAGUUAUAUAUUUCGUUAGGAAUGUGCGGUUUAGCACAGAGGAAUUUGUGUUUGAUCCAUUGGUCUCCAUAUGUAGUUUGCAACACUUUCCCUCCUCCACUUCUCUGAAACCUUUAGCUGGUGUUAUUUAAUAAAAGUACCAUGAGACAGAUUUCAAUAAGUCAUAAAAAACUGUGAUGAAAUUUAAUUGAUUGGGGAAAAGUUCAGCAAUGCUAAAAUGUUGGUGGAAUAAUUAUCUGUAUUAAGUGCCAACAUAUUAUGCAGUAUUGUGACCUGUGUGUCAAGGGCAUAACUAUAACCUAGAGGGCACUGGUGCAAGAAUUGUUAAACGGCCCUCUUCUCAUCCCACGUAAUGAGUGGGGUUGGUUGAGCUGGGUGAUUGGCAACAUGUAAUAAGUGUGUGUGUGUGUGUGUGUGUGUGUGUGUAUGUUUGUGUAUGUUUGACUGAUGUUGGGGUUUGGCUGAGUGAGAUAUGGUGGGAGGGUUGUGGGAAGGUGAACGGGAAGCUUCCCCUAUUAUUUCCUAAUAAUUUAAUAAUACAAUUUUUAAAAAAGGUUUAAUUAACGCCUUACUGCCUUCCUUUUUGUAGGGAGGGAGUAAAAUUCAUUAAUUUCUGGUGGUCCACCUUGCGUUCCCAUAGUAUCCUUUGUAAUUCAAUGGGGAACCAUGUGGACUGCUUCUCUAUCUUGUGCAGACCAUAGUAAAAGCUCUUUCAGCAGCGAUUUCCAUGGCAACACUUAUUUACAGAGUUUUAGGACCAGCCAGAAGUGCAGCUCACACGUUCCUUUGAAGGAUUUGACUGCUAUUUAGUACAUUCUCGAAUAACCAAUGUAUUAAAUAGCACAGGCAAAACUACAGAGUGCGGGAGGCCCACCCCUGGCCUGUCCUUCCCCAUCACCCGGGUAUUCUGCCUGGGGAUAAUCCUGAGUGAGAGCCACCUGACAGAACUGGGACCUGUAUGGAGCCAACAGUGAAAGACCGGCCCAUUGGAUUUUGUAAUAAACAAAGGCCGGGACCCUCUCCAAUGUGUGGGCUUUCUUGUGGGACAGGUUCCCACAAUCAAAAAGCAGGAUCCAGUAGGCUAUCUAACUGGGCCAGAACCUUCUGCAGACGACGACCUCCUUGCAGCACCAGGAGGUUAGACAUUGAUAGUCCUGAGGUAAUAGCCUCCUGUUGAGAACAUGACUUUUGUGUGAAUUUAUUAAAAAAAAAAUAAUAAAAAAUAAAAAUGUAAAACUAAAAUGUCAAAAAAAUUGACCAACCCAUGUACUGCAAAUGAUAUACAUAAUAUAAAUGUUAUGUACCGGUACCUAUUUUGCAGUACACUUUUACACCAUUUUCUUCUGUAAACACUGAAGGGUCAACUUGGCCUUGUGCUUAGGGUCAUUGCCAUGCUGGAAAGUCCAAGAGCGUCCCAUGUGCAGCCCUCAUGCCUCAGAAUGCAAAUUGUCUGCCAGUAUUUUCUGAUAAAUUCAGCAUGUUAUCUUGCCAUCAAUUUUCCCCAUGCCUUUAGAUCUCACCCCUCCUCCCCCCAAAUAACAGCAGUGAGCCAUCACUAUGCUUCACAGUGGGGAUGAUAUUCUUUUCACUAUAGGCCUUGUUGACCCUACUCGAAACAUAGUACUUAUGGUUGUAACCAUAAAGCUCUAUUUUGUUCUCGUCACUCCUAAUUACAAUGUGCCAGAAGCUGUGAGGCAUGUCAAGCUGUUGUUGGGCAUAUUGAACCUGUGCUUUUUUGUGGCAUUGGCGCAGUAAAGACGUCUAUCUGGCAAUUUGACCAUGCAGCUCAUUUUUGUUCAAGUAUCGUCGUAUUGUGCUCAUUGAAACAACCACACCGUAUUUUUUCCACAGCAGCCUGUAUUUCUCCUGAGGUUACCUGUGGGUUUUUUUGUAUCUCAAAAAAUUAUUCUGGCAGUUGUGGCUGAAGUCUUUCUUAGUCUACCUGACCUUGGCUUGGUAUCAAGAGAUCCCCCAAUUUUUCACUUCUUUAUGAUUGAACAGUACUGACUGGCAUUUUCAAAGCUUUGGAUAUCUUUUCAUUUACUUUGCCAUCUUAAAGGGACACUAUAGUCACCAGAACAACUACAGCAUAUUGAAUUUGUUCUGGUGAGUAGAAUCAUUACCUUCAGGCUUUUUGCUGUUAACACUGUCUUUUCUGAGAAAAUGCAGUGUUUACCUUACAGCCUAGUGAUAACUUCACUGGCCACUCCUCAGAUGGCUGUUAGAGAUCCUUCCUGGGUCAUGGCUGCCUAAAAUGCAUCCAAACAUUCAGUAUCUCCUCCCUCUGCAUGCAGACACUGAAGUUUCCUCAUAGAGAUUCAUUGAUUCAAUUCAUCAAUAUGAGGAUAUUCUGAUUGGCCAGGGCUGUGUUUGAAUCAUCCUGGCUGUCCCCCUGAUCUGCCUCUUUGUCAGUCUCAGCCAAUCCUAUGGGGAAGUACGGUGAUUGGAUCAGGCCACCACUUCUAAUGAUGUCAGCACACUGCUUGUUUUUCUGAGUCUAACAGCAUGCAGAGUUACAGCUUUAGGCUUGAAUAUAGCAAGAGUUUGCUAUAUUUAUGGAGGCAUGAGGGGCCCAGGGGGGUAGAUGGUGGUUUUAACACUAUAGGGUCAGGAAUACAUGUCUGUAUUCCUGACCCUAUAGUGAUCCUUUAAUAAAGUUCCAUUACCUUGUUCCGCAGGUCUUUUGACAGUUCUUUUCUGCUCCCCAUGGCUCAGUAUCUAACCUGCUCAGUGCAACCACGUGAGAGCUAACAAACUCUUUGACUAUUUAUACACUGACAUUAAUUGCAAUUUAAAAAGCCACAGAUUUGUGAAAUUAUUAUUAUUAUUAUUAUGGUAUUUAUAGAGCGCCGUCAAAUUCCGCAGCGCUUGACAAUAGGUGGACGAACAGACAUGUAGUUGUAACCAGACAAGUUGGACACACAGGAACAGAGGGGUUGAGGGCCCUGCUCAAUGAGCUUACAUGCUAGAGGGAGUGGGGUAAAAUGACACAAAAAGGUAAGGAUAGUAUUAGACUAGUGACAGUUGCAGAAGAGGAAUCAGUCAGGAGCUAUUAACAGUUUAAUUGAUAUGCUUUUAUGAAGAAGUGGGUUUUUAACGAUUUUUUUUUGAAGGAGUGGAGACGAGGUGAGCAUCUAACGGAGGAGGGAAGCGAGUUCCACAGGAACGGUGCAGCCCUCGAGAAAUCUUGAAGGCGAGCAUCAGAGGUGGGAGUACGAACAGAAGAUAGACGUAAGUCUUCAGCAGAUUGUAAGGGCCUAGACCUAACAUACUUGUGUAUAAGGGAGGAUAGAUAGGUGGGAGCAGCAUUAUGUGGAGAUUUGAAAGCAAGAACCAGAAUUUUAAAUUGAGCUCUAUAUUUUAUAGGAAGCCAAUGUAGGGACUGACAGAAGGGUGAGGCAUGGGAGGUGCGGGCGGACAGGAAGAUGAGCCUCGCCGCCGCAUUCAUUAUGGACUGUAACGGCGCAAGUUGGAAUAAACCCUUAAUUGCCAUUUUAACCUGUGUGUGUGUGUGUGUGUGUGUGUGUAAAAAGGCCAAACAUUUAAGGGUAUGUAAACUUUUGAUCAGAGCCAUUUGGGUGAUUUAUGUUAACAUUAUGAUUUAAAAAGGAGCCGGACAACUAUGUGAUAAUAAAUGGCUUCAAAUGAUCACUAUUGUUCAAUAAAAUAAUUUUCAAAAUCAAUGCCAAAAUUUCACAAUUUCUGCCAGGUUAUGCAAACGUUUGAGCACAACUAUAUAUUCUAUAUGUAUUAAAGAAUAUAUAAAUAUAAUUUUUAAAAAAAAAAAAAAACAUUUUUACUGCUACUCCUUUUUUUCCCCCUAUUGGUUACUUCUCACUUGAUUUUUGAAUAAAAUCAGCAUUUAGUGGCUCUCCCCUAACUUAUUUUUUUUUCUUUAUCAAUCUUUAUAUUUUUUGAUCAAUCAUCAUUUUUUGGAGCCAAAGACAGAACUUUGUAUUCCGAAACAAACUAAUUGGUUCAUCCAUUGUGCAUUUUGUUUCAUGAUUCAUCUAAAUAGCAUUUUGGAGAGCGGGAUUUUGGAAAAAUCACCCAAAAUUCAGAUUAGUUUGAAACCGAAAAAAGUAUAGCAUGCAUACACAGACUAUCGCAUGCAUACCAUCUGUUACUAUUGGUGAGAUAUUUGCUUUAAGAGUUUGCGCCACAUGCGGGAAUUUGGGGAACAAAACAAAACUAAUGUUAUUUUGCCAUCUAGUGGUGACAGCAUUUUACUGCGAUAGACAAGUGUACAAUAGUUCCAGCUAAGACUACAGAAUUCAUUAGAUUUAUUGGAUGUACAUUUAUGCCGUCUGUUCUACAGUAUCAAAAUUAUUCCAAAAUGGUUCGUUUGAUACAUUUCUGCCACGGUGAAAUAGGAUGUAAAUGUUAUGUCCUAGACCAAGGGUAGGCAACCUUUUAGCAGCACUGUGCCGAUAUAGGAUUGUGAUGUCCCAUAGUGUGCAGAUCCUAUAUUUUUUUUUUUAAUUGACGUGUGUAUGUUGCCGUAUUCUGCUUGUGUUAUUUAUACUGUAAUUGCUUUGUAUCAUUGUAUUUGUGUGUAUAUGAGCUAUUAGAUUGAAUAUGUUCAUUAGUAGUUUAUGGUAUCGUGUAUGAUACAUAUAAAUGUGGGCUGUGUAUAACGGCUGCUUGUGGAAUUGUGUGUGGAUAUGUCACAUUCUGUGUUUGGUAGUGUGUGUGGGCUGUUUUGGGUAUUGCAUGUGAGAGGCUGCAUGUGGGAUUGUUGUGUGCAUGUAUGUGGAUUGUUUAGCGGGUUAUGUUUGUGUGGAUUGUGUGUAUGUUCGUAUGUGGGCUGUUCUUAUUAUUUGUAUGAGGGGAGGGUUAUUCUGCAUUUGUGUAUAUCUAGCAGUGUGGGUGGCUUCCCUGGGUUCCAGUGGGGACCAGGCUGGCCAGGUACAGGUCAAGGACAGGAGCAGUAACAGCAGCUGCAGGCUGCUCUACUAUAGUGUGGAUUCCCAUUCACAAGUGCUUGAACGAAGUGAUCUGAGAUCACUUCCUCUAUGUGCUGCAAUGCAUAAAUUGAGGAUUGUCCCUCACCACCUUUUCGUAUUAUCAGAUAUCUGAAGUUUCACUGGGACUUCUGAUAGGCCAGAGCCUGUUUGGCUCUAGCAGCCUUGAGUGCCGUGCAAAGACACCUUGAGUGCCGUAGGUUGCCUACCCCUGUCCUAGACAGUGAUACUCUAGGAACAAUAAAUGAUGUUGCGACAUUAUAUCUGUCCUCCAGACAUCAGUACAUGGUGUGUGAGAAGGCUGUGCAAGCAGUACAUAGUAGUCCCUUGGUGCCUGCUCUGUAUCAUAUUGCCAGAGUAGACACUUGCUGCAAGGUGCUGCUGAUACAAGUAUCACCCAUAUCCCCUUCGCUACGUUCUGCAUACACUCUGCAAACUGUUUGUAAUACAUAUGAACACAUACACACUGCAUAAUCCAUAUACACACACAAAACUAUCCAUAUAACCAUGCACACAUACUUUUACCUGGCCACAGGUGAAAGUCAGGGAGGGGGGCAUUACAUUCCCUGGUGGUCCAGUGUCAUUGUGCAGAGGAUGGCUGGGCUAAAAGCUUUUUUUACAUGAUUAUUAUAUUUAAUAAAUAAUUUAAUAAAUAAUUUUAACUGUGUUCCCCCCUCCCUGCCUUUUACCUGUGGUCAGGUAGGGGCACAUUACACUCCAUGGUGGCCCAGUGGCUUUGUGCAGGCUGCCAACGGGUUUCACAUUGUAGAGCGGAUGGCUGCCCAGGACAUGCUAUCUUAUGUUUCUGGCAGGUCCUUUCUGCAACUCUUGCGAGCUUGGUAUGCCACGCGGAACAUUGCUGUGGUAAACCACUGAAAAUACUGAAUAUUGGCCGAUAAUAAUGGUCAAACCAUUAAUCAGGGGGUGUGUAUAUAUUGUGUGUGUGUGUGUGUGUGUGUGUGUGUGUGUGUGUGUGUGUGUGUAUAUAUAUAUAUAUAUAUAUAUAUCUCUAUAUAUAUAUAUAUCCUACUACUAUACUAUCCUACUCACAACAGGUGAUGCCCCGUCAAAAUACUGGAUAUAUAUAUAUCCUACUACUAUACUAUCCUACUCACAACAGGUGAUGCCCCAUCAAAAUACUGUAUUCAUAUACCCAGCAUAACAACGCAUCACCAUAUCAACCACUUUUCAGUCUACAAGGUUCUGUACUCUCUACCACCACCUUUAUGACACACGUCAGGUCCUUACUUUCUCAGCUGGGCCUCAAAUCAGCUAACUAUUCGGGCCACUCCUUCUGCAUAGGAGCGGCCUCCACAGCAUGCAGUGCAAACAUCCCAGUUCAUGUUAUCAAGUCACUGGGGCGCUGGAAAUCAUCAGCUUACUCUAGAUACAUACCUAACCCGGUACAAGAAGUAAGAAAUGCUUUUCAAAACAUGUCUGGUUAAAUGUACGUAUAUUGCUGGUAUGUAAUAAAUUAGAUUUUCUAUUUUUGCCCUCUUUAUUUACAGGCCUACCUCAUUGUUGGUUGCGGCACACCACAACCGACUUGCUCUUUUAAUACCAUCCUACACUUAUCAGUGUUUGUUUCUUCUGUACUAUCAAGGCCUUUUGGCCUGUAAUUGUGGGAGGGGAGUAUGACACACCCCUUCCCUACUUAAGGGACACCCCUUACCUGGCUCCAUACCGUUCGAGGUCAGCGCUGUAUCACCCUCCCACCACUCCUCAUUAUUAACUCCUUUUUCUUUACAUUUCUUCUUGGUGGGCCCUCUUUAUUUACAGGCCUACCUCAUCGUCGGUUCCGGCACACCACAACCGACUUGCUCUUUUAAUACCAUCUUUUCUUCUGUACUAUCAUGAGCCCUUACCACAAAUAUAUAUAUAUAGAUAUAUACAUUCACUUCUGUGUGUAUAAGAGAAUAACGAAUAAGUUCGAUAAUGAACCCUUUAAUUUCUCUCAUUAUACCUCACAGGGACACUAAAGUCACUAAAUGAAGUGGUUGUGGUACAGUGGUCCUGUCCUUCUAAUCCUGCAGUGUAAAGCAUUGCAAGUUUUUCAAAACUGCAUUGUUUAUAUUGCUUGAUUAAAUCCAGAGGCACUUUUGUCUCACUGACAAGGAAGCCCAUUAGAAAGCAUUGAAAGCAUUAAAUACAAUGCUUUCCUAUGCGGAAGCUUGGAUGCAUGGGUGGCUCUAUCAGGAGCAUUUUUAUAUGACCAUCGCGGAGGAUCCCAUGAUGACGUUGUGGGAGGCAGAGAGGUGAGCAGCGGAACACGCAACUAAAACUUUUAAUUCAUUCAUAUUUUGGCGAAGGGGAGUGGACUACUAUAGACAGGGACAGGGACAAUAUAGCAUUAGCAAUACAUUUUUGUAUUCCAAACACUAUAGUGUUCUUUUAAUGUCCUCCAAUUGUAUCAAGCACUGGAUUUCAUAAAGCUUCUUUGAGAGGGAGAUAUUAAGAAUGUGUCUUCAGGGUGUAUUAACAUGAAUAUAUUUUGUAAUAUUGUGUUGUUUCUUUCUUUGAAGGUGUCAACUGUGAGAUGGAGAUAGAUGAAUGUGAAUCCCACCCCUGUCAAAAUGGUGCCAUCUGUAAGGACCACAUUGGAUAUUUCUCCUGUGACUGUCCUGCAGGGUACGAGGGUGAGUUGUGCCAACACGACAUUGAUGAGUGUCAGAGCCAGCCGUGCCAGAAUGGAGGGAUCUGCGUGGAUGCCAUUAACAGGUGA